AUGAUUCUGAUAGACAACGAUGCUUGGGAUAAAGAAUGUCUUAUCCUAUACAGAAUCAGGAAGCAUAGACAGAAUGGCAUCAAAGUGGAUCCAAUAACCUUACCGAAGAUUUUUCUCCUGGCCGCCCAUCCUAGCACCAAUGAGCAUGAUGAACUCAAGUCAGUUGGUAUCAUAGAUGAUAUACUAAUGAAGCCUCUUUGCCUUAGUUCUUUGGUUCACUCUUACAGAGAAUCCGUUGGCACUGAAAAUAAGCAAGUAAAUAGGAAGAAAGUAUCCAAACUUGGGAGUUUAUUAAUGCACAAACAAAUUUUGGUGGUUGAUGAUAAUGCAGUGAACAGAAGAGUUGCAAAAGGUUUUCUACAGAAAUAUGGGGCAAAAGUUACUUCUGUGGAGAGUGGCAUGGCCGCUCUAAAGAUGCUUAAACUGCCACAUAAUUUUGAUGCUUGUUUCAUGGAUCUCCAAAUGCCAGAAAUGGAUGGUUUUGAAGCAACCAGGAAAAUCCGCCGCCUGGAGAGAGAGGUAAAUGAGAAAAUUGCCUGUGGGCAAGCAUCUGCAGAUAUGUUUGGUAACAUCUGUUAUUGGCACAUUCCAAUACUAGCAAUGACAGCAGAUGCAACUCAGAGUUCAGAUGAAGAGUGCAGAAAUUGCGGAAUGGAUGACUUCGUGACGAAGCCAUUUGAAGAAGAGCAGCUAUAUACGGCAAUGGCACGUUUCUUCUAG